CGAUCAGUUAUCAGUUGCGCGUUGUGCGUGUGGUGUGACUGUGGUGUCCGUGUGUAAACGAUCGUGUGCAGUAUGGGGUAUAAAAGAGGGUUAAGAUUCGGGACCCUUUUCACCGUGGUAAUUGUACUCGCGGCGAUUUAUUAUCGUAACCACGAAAACGUCCUGCAAAAACGACUGCUAACCCUGUUGCACGGCCUCGAGAAACUUGAGAAUAAACACGUCAUUACUAGGAAGCCGAAAGUCGCUAUAGGUUAUGGCGUGUGCACCGACGUCUUCAUCGACGCGAGACACCUGCUGAAGUACUCGGAUGAGGUCGGUCGGCCUGAACACUUUGACGAGAUCAACACCGAGCUCGAAUUGCUCAAGAGCUUCGCCUAUUAUUUUCGCCAUGGGGCUGCAGCCGAGCGUUACAUGGCAAAUAGAACUUUAUUCGACGAGCUGGUGUCGAAGGCGCGUUCGUUUUCUUCGUCUUAUUCGACAAUCGGAGGAAAUGCUGCAGUCAUGGCGAUGCGAUUCGCGCGAGAGGGAUGCGAUGUAACCUUCGCAGCAAAGUUGACCAAGUCCUUACAUCAGAUGAUUCCGCAGGUGAUAAAUGUUGUAGGUGGCGAGGUAAAACGCGACGAUAUUCAUCUCAUCUUGGAAUAUAAGCAUGGCGAGGUGUGGGGUCCUUAUUCUAGUGCGAGAGCAAACAGGUACAUUAUCCACAACGAUAUGAAUAAUCCAUUGAUUAGCUCAUUCAAUGCCUUUGACAAAAUCUUGAGGACCUAUGACCCCGAUUUACUAGUAAUCAGUGGCCUCCAAAUGAUGGACAAUUAUCCAUUUCAGGAAGGUGAGCGGAAGAAUUUGCUAUUGAAUGUGAAGAAACAAAUGUUGGAGCGGUUGAGUUCUACCAAAAUUCACUUUGAGAUGGCUUCAUUCGCCGAGGAUAAAUUGCUCUUUGAACUGUGCGAUCUGGUGGUUCCGUUCGCUGAUAGUUUGGGAAUGAACGAGCAGGAAAUAGCGAAUUUGUACAAUACUAUGUAUUACGGCAACAUUUCACUGGUCGCCGAUUCAACUCCGCGCGUCGCGACAGUGUUGGAUCAGAUGAGGACGUUAUUCAAGCUUAUACGUUUGAGAAGCAAGUCGAUCACGAACGCUAGGGAGCUCACGAGGAUUCACGUCCACACGCUGGCAUAUCAAGCUAUAUUCACUGUCAAGAAUUCUAUCUGGAAAAAUACAAUGGCUGCUGCGGCUAAAGCGUCGCUAACUGCACAUAGGCAUGUAUGCGCAUCAAGUAAUGUCGAUGUGAAUAAAGCGACGCUAAUCAUGGACGAUAGUUUCUCGACAUCUAUUGUUGAUGGUACACGAAUAUCAUUGAACAUCGACAAACCGGUAUCUUGUUGGGAUGAGAUAUUGAAGAUGGAGCAGGAAGAUAUUCCUAUUCAGGUGUGCGUCGCGCCUGUAUUAGUUUGCACAGAAGCUAGUCAGACAGCUGGUGGCGGAGACAAUAUUUCCAGCGCAGGCCUAGUACUUCAAAUCUGAAAUACGGAUUUAUCGAUACAACGUUAAGUUUUUAAGUAGUGAUCGUAUUACGAAUCAUAUUCAUCCUCCCCCACCGUGUAUAUGUAAACGCGCGAAUCAAAAUCCUAAAAUAGGCCUUUAUUCACAUUUGUAGCAUGCGAAGAUCGUGUAAAUGAUUGACGCUUAUUCCACAAUGAUUUUUACAUUCCAUUCAAAAUGAAAAUUAGAGACUGGACACUCAUAUGACUGUUAUACACUAUUGAAGGAUGUAAAGCAUUAUUUAAUUCUAAGCACUUGUAUGUGUGCAUUUUAUCAUAUUAUAAC